AUGCCUCUUGAUACCAUCUACCUCGUCCGUCAUGGACACCGCAUGCACUGGACAAUAGACCAUGCAACAGGCACAUAUCACAGCAUCUUCCCAACCCCAACGGGCAACCCAGCAGACCCGACGCUCACGGCGCACGGAGUCCGACAAUCGCAAGAAUUAGCAGAUUAUUUCGUCUCAGAGAAGUUUCCUGGCCCGAGGCCGUGGAGGAUAUAUUCGAGUCCGUUUUAUCGGUGUUUGCAGACCAUUAGGCCGAGUGUUGAGGCGCUUGAUGGAGGGGACUAUGCUGGUGGGAAUAAUGCGGGGAGAGGGGAGAAGGGUGUUAGGAUUGAGAAUGGGCUUGGAGAAUGGUUCGGCGCAUCGACAUACUUCGAUCACCCAUCACCCGCCUCAGUAUCUGAGCUGUAUGAACAUUUCCCCACCAUCAUACCGGACCCUUCCACCAGUCCCGAACACAACAUCCACGUUAUCCCCUCAUCACGCGGCGAGACAAUACCACAACUUCACAACCGUGUAGCCACAGCUCUAGCAGCCAUCAUCGCGGACGCGGACGCGGACAUUCGCGCCGAAGAAGAACGAGAAGCUGCGAAAGAUAUAGACAACAAACCGAGCAGUAAAGCGAUCCUCAUAUGCUCUCACGCUGCUGCAUUGAUUGCCAUGGGCAGAGCGUUGACGGGGAAUAUGCCCGAGGAUCCUAAUACGGAUGAUUUUCAUGUUUAUACGGCUGGGAUGAGUACCUAUGUUCGACGACCGAAGACACAACAAGACGAAUACUACUCAAAAGAAGAGGGGAUGUCGUUGAUUGCAGCUGGAACGAAGCUCUUCCCAGAAUCUGAAGUGCGAGUACCGGUUUGGAAAGGUGGUAAGGGAGUUGGUGGAGGGUGGGAUUGUAUCGGGAAUUGUGAUUGUAGUUUUUUGAGUGGAGGGGAGGAGAGGGGUUGGCAUUUCAGUGGUGAAGAGUCUUUUGAUACAGGUUCAAUGGGUGCUGCGGAUGAGGCUGCUAAAUUAUAG